AUGUCACGACUCCAAACUCAAACAGCAGACUCGGAACACUCAAUAUGGAAGCACCUCCCUGAAGAUACGUUUCGCCAACACCUGGUAGACCUUGAAAAAUGCACCAAUGCUGUGCCAAUUGAGCCGCAGACAUUUCCUCUGGAUCAUCACACCCAUAUAUCGAGGGCUGGAUAUACACUGCCAUUGACCACAGAGCAGAAGAUUGCAGAUGACUUUGCGUUCUUAGCUGCAAUCGAAGAAGGUGCUCAGAGCGUUGCAGCAGUGUGUCUAGAAGAGCAUCUUCAACCAUCUCGAAUCACGGUGCGGUUUGCAGCACUAGAUCUGUCACUGAGUGAGGAAGUCAAGGAUGCUCUUACAUCAAUAACUGGAGCCCUCAGUAAAGUCACGGAAAUUGACACAUCAGCUCGUACAGAAAAAUUGUUUUCACAAAUCGUGAACUUGCACUUCCGACGAUUACUCGCACGUCUUCGAUCUAUAAAAUGGGAAAAGCCAAAGUAUCUCGCCAAACAACAUAAGAAACCUCUAUGGCAGGACUUUGCAAACCUUUCGCAUCGGAUUCAGUUUGUUUAUACCAAGAAGGAAGCAGUCCUGAGACGCUCGGUGGAGGCACAAGUGCAUCAGCUGGCUGCAGUUUACGAAGCCUUUGAGACUGUCGAGGCAGGAUUCCAAGACGAGAUCCCAUGCCUUCACGAAUUGAUCAAAGCAAGCUAUCACUUUUGCAAGACGGAUGCUAUUGCGGACUUUGCACAACGAUUGGAAAACAGUGUUACGGCGGCGCCAACGCCAAAGGUUGCUUCUGCUAUCAAGUGCUUGCGCCAACUGGAGAAGAUUGGCGCAUACUGGAGGGUUGCGACGUCUCUUGUUGACGCAAGUUUGAAGUAUCCUGCUCUUUUCCAAACGAAUCUACAACUGGCGUUUUUGACACCGUAUGAGCCUGUUCCUACUAUGAUCGGCCACGAGUCCUGGGCAACGACAUGCCAUGUACAUGCAGAAGUCCAACUUGCCGUACACUACGAUUUGCUCUUCCACGCUACAUCAGGCUCAUCACCAGCCUUCCUACCUCCUCGUGUUAUUGGAACGUCGAAAUGGCUUUGUUAUCUCUGCUACCAGUUCCUGCGUGCUCAUGGCUCUUUUAUUCCGGUAAACACUCACGGGCGCUUGUAUGACCAGUGGACGAUACCGGAUCUGGCAGAUUAUGGAGAAGAGCUGCGUGGUCAAUAUCGCGGAAUUGUUCGCGAUAUAGAUGCAGAGGUAGUCAGGGAAACAGGGGCGACCGACCCUGGUGAAGCAGGAUCUAUAUUGAGGUGGCGUGCCGAACCGAUGACAAGUCGACAGAAUCUGUUAGGUGUAGACGGCGCAUGUUGA